UCUAACAAACAAUUCGUGACCUCGAAAUCUGAACCGACCAAGCCAUAACAUAAAUACAUCAGGACAAAGAACAGGCACCACAACACCACGAGAAAACCACGUUUGCAGCACCUACCUACAGCCAUCUUGCUGGAUAUAUCUCAAUAUUAGAACAGCCAUUCAGUUAGCGAUGGCAGAACCGACUGAGGACAUAGAAGUGAAGGUUGCAACAAAUGCUGCUGAGGACUUUGUCAGUGCUUACUAUGCAGUUUUGAACGGCUCUAAAGGACACACCAGUCUGACUUCGUUCUACCUCAAACCUACCGAAGCACGUCCUCUCAAGCCACAAAUCUCUAUGAACGGCAAGGUCUUACAAGAUCCAGCAGCAUUACAGAGUGCUAUUGCUGAUCAACCCGAGCGGUCCCAAUAUGACGUCCAAUCCUUUGACUGUCAAGUUCUGAACUCAAAUUACAAUGUUGGUGUGGACGACACCGCCGUUGGACCCGAGAAAGAUGGCAGAAAGAUGAGUAUCCUAGUGCUUGUCAGUGGAAGCGUCAAGAAUAUGAAGGAUGAUGUAGGUCGAGAGACCCGAGGAUUUACAGAAAGCAUUAUCUUGGUACCGAACUGGGAGGCAUAUAACCCAAAGGCACCGAAGGGUCUCAGGAAAUGGCUGAUCUCGAGCCAAACCUUCAGAUUUGUGCUUUGACAUACUUCUGGAAACAGCAAAGCUGCCUUGGAUACAAGCAGACUCUGGUAUAUGGCGUAUGGAGUCUCAAAAUAUUGCUGUUUUGAAUAUUGACUAUCUGGAUUUAUUUGCUUCCCCUUGCCAGCUCCUUGCUUGCGUGAACUGCAAUCUGCCUUGGCGUGUUUGCAAUUACCAUCAUGCUUCUGCAUUUACUUCUUUCUCCUUCUUAUCUCAAGUCUCAGAGCAUAUUUCAAAGAUAUUUGGCUUACACCUGUGGCCCUGACAGCUGAAAUAUGGGCUCAAGUUACUGUAUCCUCGUGUUGGAGUUACUUUAUGUUCAUGCUAAUAUUGAUG